CACCAUUAGUAAUCUCAUUGGUCCAAGAUUGUCCAGAAAGAUGAAACAAAACCAAUUUUAAACCAAAUUCUGAUUUGUUUUAGAAAUUGGGUUUUAAAUAUUAUUGAGAGAAACAUAAAUAAGAAUAACCAUAAAAUUCAGCCUCAUGGUCUUUAAUGAAAAGGGUACCCACAUCAUAUUAUAUGUAUCUUGUCUAGGAUUAGGGUUUUCUAAAACACUUUCUGAUUUGGUAUUUUUCAAUUCUUGUUCCGAAUUCCAAUGAUUUUAUCAUAGGUGUCUUAUCCAAACUUCAUGUGAAUUGGGCUUUUGGAUUUUUUUGCCCCAAUCUUCUUUUCAAUUUGGGUUUUUUUGACCACUUCGCUGUAAGAUAAUUCUAAAUAGGCUAGAAAGUGGUUUUGGGUCAAAGGAUUUGUGGGUUUGGUAUAUGGUUUUAUGGGUGCCCACUAGGUCAGUUUUUUCUGUAACAAAAGGUGAUUGGUGGGUACCAUCUUCUUCAGACAUCUGGGUUUAGGAUCAGAUCUGCUGAAUCUGAUUUUCAAUUUAUUUUUUUUCUUAUUUGCUUUAUUUUUGAAUUGAAAAAAAUACCCAGGAUUGGGUUUUGCUUUAGGUUCAUUGAAUUUGCUUGUUUUAAUCAAUAUCUGUUUGUAGUCAUUGGAGUUUGAUCUGCUUUAGGUCAUUGGACAAUUCAGAUUCUUGGAUCAAGAAUGUGAUUCAUUGGACAAAAGUUGCAUGCACGCGCCCCUCAGUAGUUGUUUCUAUCAUUCCAUUUAGUCUUCUGUAUUGAUGGGGACAGAACUUGUUAGACCUUGUGUCAAAGAAGAGAACAUGGAUAUUCCAUCAAUUCCACCAGGUUUUGAGUCACUUACAUCCUUCACCUUGAAGAGGGUCGAAGAUAAUGAAACCAUGACUAGUUGCUCGGCCUCUGUCAGUGCUACCGAACCACAGUCAGAAACUGAGUUUGAUUGUAGUGAUGAUGCGAAGAUUAUGAGGUCUCGUAGGCGUAGACCUUGGAUAAACUACAGCCAAUUUGAUAACAGUUCUGGAGAUGAGGGUGACAUUGAGCAGGUCACUGCUAGAUGGCAUCCAGAAGAGGCUUGCAGGCCUGAUCUUGAGGAUGCUCCCAUAUUUUAUCCAAAUGAAGAGGAGUUUGAAGAUACUCUAAAAUAUAUAGCAAGCAUACGCCCUAAAGCAGAAGCAUAUGGAAUUUGUCGUAUUGUACCUCCUCCUUCAUGGAAACCUCCUUGCACUCUUAAGGAAAAGAAUAUAUGGGAGAAAUCAAAAUUUACUACCCGUAUCCAGAGUGUUGACAAGCUUCAGAAUCGGAGGUCCAUGAGAAAGUUGUUGAGGGUUUAUAAUCAUAAGGGGAGGAAAAGAAGACGAUGCAUGAAAAUGGGGUCAGAUAAUGGGAAUGGUAGUGGAGAGAUUUUGGGUCCUGGUGGAAAAGGAAUUUAUGAGGCCGAGAGGUUUGGGUUUGAACCUGGUCCAGAGUUUACACUGGAUGCCUUUAAUAAAUAUGCAGAUGAUUUCAAGGUCCAGUACUUCAGGAAGAAUGAAAAUAAUGCAGAUUUGAGAGGUAACAUAACAAUGAUACAAGAGCACUUGGAGCCCUCAGUGGAGAAUAUUGAGGGUGAAUAUUGGCGGAUUGUGGAGAAGCCUACUGAAGAAAUUGAGGUGCUUUAUGGGGCUGAUUUGGAAACAGGGGUCUUUGGCAGUGGGUUUCCGAAACUGUCCCAUCAAGUUGCUUCUGCUUCAGAUGGAAAGUAUGUGAAGUCAGGCUGGAACUUGAAUAAUUUCCCCAGGCUUCCAGGUUCUGUCCUCUCAUAUGAAAGCAGUGAUAUAUCUGGUGUUCUGGUGCCAUGGUUGUAUAUAGGAAUGUGCUUUUCAUCAUUUUGUUGGCAUGUUGAAGAUCACCACUUAUAUUCAUUGAACUAUAUGCAUUGGGGUGCUCCAAAGAUUUGGUAUGGUAUCCCAGGUAGAGAUGCCCUUAAAUUGGAGGCAGCUAUGAGAAAGCAUUUGCCUGACCUUUUCGAGGAACAGCCCGAUUUGCUUCAUAAGCUGGUCACACAACUUUCCCCCUCCAUACUAAAAUCUGAGGGAGUACCUGUUUAUCGGUGUGUUCAGAACCCUGGAGAAUUCGUUCUGACCUUCCCUCGAGCGUAUCAUUCGGGGUUCAACUGUGGUUUCAAUUGUGCAGAAGCAGUAAAUGUAGCUCCAGUUGAUUGGUUGCCUCAUGGGCAGAAUGCUAUUGAACUUUAUAGUAAACAGGGCCGAAGGACUUCCAUUUCUCACGAUAAAUUGUUGCUUGGGGCAGCAAGAGAAGCAGUGAAAGCACAUUGGGAACUUAAUUUACUGAGAAAGAAUACUUCAGAUAACUUAAGAUGGAAAGAUUUCUGUGGAAAGGAUGGGAUCUUAUCAAAAGCACUCAAGGCACGCAUUGAAAUGGAGCGGGUGAGGAGGGAAUAUCUUUGCAAUACUUCAAAGGCAGUGAAGAUGGAUAGUAGUUUUGAUGCCACCAGUGAGAAGGAAUGCAGUGUAUGCCUGUUUGAUUUGCACCUGUCUGCUGCAGCCUGUCAGUGUUCACAAGAUAGGUUUACAUGCUUGAAUCACGUGAAACAGUUGUGUUCAUGUCCUUGGAGUACCAAAUUUUUCCUCUUUCGCUAUGACAUCGGUGAAUUAGAUAUUCUGGUUGAAGCUUUGGAAGGGAAACUGAGUGCAGUAUACAGGUGGGCAAGACUAGAUCUUGGACUGGCCCUGAGUUCUUAUGUAUCCAAAGACAGUUUACAGGUCCCUAGGCAUUUUGAUAAUUUAUCUAAUUCCUCAGAAGGAUCAGCACUGAGAGAAUUGAGUUCUUCAACACCAGUUACUUCUUUGAAAGAGAUGAAAGGGAAAGAAAAUACUACAGAAAUCCCACAUUCAACUGGGAUAAUUGACAGGGCAAGUUUACUACAAAAAGAGAAGCCAGAUGGAAUUGUAUUAGCUUUGGCAGUUACGAAGGCAUCAUCUAGAUUACCCAAGUCUAUGCAUGACAUUGAGGUUGCAAAUUAUGGCUCUCAGUUCAAGAAAGAAGGAUCAUCAUCUUCCUUACCCAAGUCUUCACAUGAAAUUGAGGUGGCACAUGAUCGCUGUAAGAAAGAAGGAUCCUUUCAUUUGGCUCCUGCUCUCAAAACCUCGUUGUGUAACUUCUCUCAAAAGGAUAUGUCGCAUACUGACAGCUUGGCUGCAGAGAAAGCUGAUCUACAGAAGCCUUCAUUUACGGGGAAUGAUAAUGUUAUACUCCUCAGUGACGAUGAGGGUGAGGAGUCAAAUGUGCCACUUUCAGAAAGAGAAAUUAGAACUUCUGUGAAACACACUGAACACUCUGAGAGAUUGGCAGGUCCUAGUAAUAUGGUGAGUCAAGGUAAUUGUACAACAGAUCCAAUCUUAGCAACCCCCACGACUAAUGCGGCUGUGAUCGGUGAAGGGGAUGCUAGUAUGUUACCCGAUGGGGAAAGGAAUAUUUAUUCUAGAUUAGAGUGUGUAAAAAGUGAAGAUCAUCAAGAAGGUGAAUUGGUUCUUGGAUCCAAUCCAAAGAAUCUUUCACACCUGGGAGUUUCUACCAAUGCAGAUUUUGAUAAAAAUGUGAACACAGCAAAUGUAGGGAGUUCCUUUACACAUGCACAGCCAUGUGAUACUGGAAAACCUAACAAUGAAGACAGACACGUGGGUUUGAAUGCCAGACCAAGAUUACCAGACAAUGUACAGAUGGCAUCAGGAAACCCAUCUUGCACUCAAAAUAAUGUGGACAGGUAUUUUCGGCAGAAGGGCCCUCGUAUUGCAAAAUUAGUGCGGCGAAUCAACUGCAAUGUUGAACCAUUGGAAUUUGGGGUUGUGCAGUCUGGAAAAUUAUGGUGCAACAGCCGGGCCAUUUUCCCUAAGGGAUUCAGGAGUAGGGUAAGAUACAUAAGCAUUUUAGAUCCAACAAAUAUGUGUUACUACAUUUCAGAAAUUUUGAAUGCUGCACGUGAUGGACCUCUGUUUAUGGUUUCUCUAGAGCAAUGUCCAAGUGAGGUUUUUAUUCAUAUUUCAGCUGCUAGAUGCUGGGAAAUGGUUAGAGAGAGAGUAAAUCAAGAGAUCACAAAGCAACACAAAUUGGGAAGAAUGAAGCUGCCUCCUUUGCAGCCUCCUGGAAGUCUCGAUGGCCUGGAAAUGUUUGGUUUUUCUUCACCAGCAAUAGUGCAGGCUAUUCAGGCAAUGGAUAGAAAUCGAGUCUGUACAGAGUACUGGAAAUCUCGACCCUUAAUGCAGAUUCCACAACAUUCUCAAUCUGAAGAUGAUGGAGCCAAUAUCAUUGUGAAGUCUGAGAUAUCAAAUGAUGCCGAGGACAGGAGGAGCAACCCUUUGCCUACUGGAAUUGAUACCAUACUCAGUGGCCUAUUCAAGAAGGCGAAUCCAGAAGAACUACACUCACUGAACAGCAUUUUAAGUGACAACAAUAGACCAAACACUGAUCAAGGUCUAGUGAGUCGGCUCCUUAAUGAAGAGAUUCACAAGCGCCUGAGAUGAUUCAUACUUUUGGUCUCGUGAUUUUUGGGACUGGACUUACCAUGACAGUUGCGAUUUUGUAAAUGCCGAGAGCCCUUUUUUCGGGUCUCUCAUAUACAUCUUCCCACCCAGGGAUCUCAUAAAUUUUGUACCAUCUUCUUGUAGCAGAAAACCCAGAAAUUUCUUCUGGUUGAUACUCCCACCUUUUUUUCUUAGGGUGUCCACAUUCAUUUAGCAGGGGCAACCAAUUAGUUCCAUUUUUUUAAUUUUUCUACAACAGUUGUAUAAACUGAAGUGCAGUCUCACCUUUUGUUCAAUAAAUCUGAGAUGGGUUAGAAGAUAUUUACUUGAA